CUGGCGGCUCCAAGAUGCAAGGCCGGCGGGAGCUGGGGGGAGAGCCUUUGAGUGACCUCCAGGAGGAAGCAGCCAGCGCUUCCCUCCGAGUGGCACCUGAGAGGCUGAGUGAUGACAGUUUGGAAUGGAGACGGACCUGCCCCGACCUUCUCCUGUCGGAUGGGAAAGCCAGCAUCUCCAUGCCCCGUGAGGGCGGUUCCACCUGCGCUGCCCGAUGUCCUGACCCUGGGGAACACAGCGGCACUUGGGGGGAGUUUGAAGGCUUUCGGGAAUCUUCAGCCGAGUCUGGACAAUUCUCACAGUCCCUUGAACUCCUGGAGGGACCCACAGAACCCCAGCCACCGAAAACCACUUCUGCCCCAAAAGAGUGCAGUUCUCACCAACCAUGCCAGGGUGGACCUUGGGUGACAGGAACUUCUGCCGUCUCACCUUCUGAGCCCAUUCUCAGCUAUGAGAACAUUUUAAAGUGUGCUUUUCAAGAAAUAACAGUCCAGCAGGCAGCUGAAGACGUUUCCACCAUAGACCAUUUCCUAGAAAUAAGCAGUGAAGAAAAACCUGGCCUUGAAUGUGUACAUAAAUUGUGUAACGAAUCCAGAAAACUCUGGAGAGCCCUUCAGAGCAUACACACCACGUCUACUUCUCAGUGCCUCUGGAGCGAGUCCCGUUGCCAGGAGAACUUCUUUCUUGUUCUCGGAAUAGAUGCUGCGCAGAAGAACCUUUCUGCAGGCGAGGGCCACAUCAUGGAAGAUUGUGACCUCAAAGAGCCUGAAGGACUCCUCACUGUCAGCAGCUUCUGUCUCCAGCAUUGCAAAGCCCUGAUCCAGACCAAGGUGAGUGGCCACCAAGGAGAGGCCUCAGGGAACCGCGCUGGCGGUGUCCACACAUGUGGAGCCCUCCGCUUUCUCUGCAAGGAGAGGCCUCGGGGGACUGCGUUGGUGGUGUCCACACAUGUGGAGCCCUCCGCUUUCUCUGCAAGGAGAGGCCUCGGGGGACUGCGUUGGUGGUGUCCACACAUGUGGAGCCCUCCGCUUUCUCUGCAAGGAGAGGCCUCGGGGGACUGCGUUGGUGGUGUCCACACAUGUGGAGCCCUCCGCUUUCUCUGCAAGGAGAGGCCUCGGGGGACUGCGUUGGUGGUGUCCACACAUGUGGAGCCCUCCGCUUUCUCUGAUGUGAGUCAGUUGCUUGUUUUCUUCCUUUGAGUCUUAUGGAUUUCCAGAAAACAAACAUUUCUGCUAUUUAGGGCAGACAGGCAAAUUGUUAACACCACUGCAGGGUGCCAAGGAAUAUAAAUAUCAUCCGGAAAGACUCUUAGGCCAGAGGACCCAGGAUAUGGGUGGGUCACACAGGAGAACUGGCAGGAGAAGCCAGGCAGAGAAGAGAGCUGCGGGGAAGCUGAGACUCCAGGUGUGGAUGAUGAGGCUGGAAGGAUGAGGCAGGACCAGGCUGUGACUGUUGGGCCAGGGGAUGUUGACUCCGCCUGGGCAGCUGUCGUGAACGGAUCUGACUGGCGGCUUCAGUCAUAGGCCGCUUACCUUACACAGGGUCUGCCCACAGCUUUUCUCUCAUGAGCUGCCGUUCUUGCCGCAGAGUCACUUCAUCACAUCAUCACAGCCGGGCUCAAGGCGGAAGAGGGGAUGGGCAGAGAAGGGGACUUCUUCCUGCAGCUCUCUCUUUUAUCAGGGGGAAGAAAAGCUUUUCUGGGCUGGAGUCUGGAACCCACCCUCAGACCAGGUAUUGCAGGAGGGGUGAGAUGGCCAGGCCUAGCUCACCUGGUUUCCUGCUCACCCUGGAGACCUGGGACCCUGGAACACUCGGGGCUCAUUGUGUACACCCAGAAGAUGGUGGGAGGGGCGCAAGGGCGGCCGUCAGCAUGAAGAGUGACACGCAGGGAGGCGCAGGGGUAAAGUACUGCCCUGUGGCUGGUAGGAGGUGACAAGGACCUGAGACUGAGCUGGGACAGCAGGAAGGUUGCAUAGCACAGGAGGCGGCCAGGGUCAGCUUCUGGGCAGGAAUUUGGCAUGAAUGUGGCACUGUCCCCAGGUGACGUGGGGUGGGUGCCCUGCAUGGUCAGCACACAGGUGACGGUGACAGGUGCCAUGGGGCAACAGGAGAGGGCCCUCAUUGGCCAUCUUCACAGGCUGUCCAUCUUUUUGAAAAACACCGUAGCACAGGAGGAUUGUCCUAGAGCAGCAGGCCGUAAAGAAAUGUUCGUGGCUGUGUUGUUCACAACAGCCGAUGGGGGAGACGUCCAGCUGCAGCUGUUUGGGGGAAGUCUGUGGUGUAGUCCAAGAGUGGCCACUGCAGGGCUGUGAGUGUGGAAGGUAGUGGCAGCCUCCACCAAGGAGUGCCAGACACGUAGCACAAGGGCCAGAGACCCCGCCUAAGAUGUGGGCCCACUGCUGUCUUCGGGGCUGGCUGCAGGCCAGAGCCAUAGACCGAACCAUGAGGAAGCCCCGGCAUGUUUUCCCUGUGCACCUCUCUGGUGACAUCCCAUGAUGAGAAGGCUUCUAAGAGGAGAACCAAGGAGAGAACACUAGGGGGCCGAGAGGCAGGGGGCGGCCAGGGGCAAACGCCCAAGCGAGCGCUUCUCAUUGCCCGGGGUGCGCGUGCCUGACUGCUGUCCUCUCAUCUCAGCUCUCGGGGCGGCCUGGCAGCAGACAGGGGAGGCUGAUGACAUGCAGCCGCUUCCUGAAGACCCCCUCAUGCGGAGGUGGCCAGCACAUCACUAUUCCAAGGAAAAAGAUGUUCACUCCACGCAAGCUCAAAUUGACACUCUUUAAUAGCGAUGUUUGCUAAAAUCAGGAGUACUUUGUACCUUUAUGAGGAAUUUUUCAUUUUCUUCCUGGCUGGGUUCAUGUGGAAACCAGAACUGUCUGUGGAGCUGUUUUCCAGACCCCAGGCCCAUUCCUGGGAUCUCUCCAACAGGACCUGUCCUGUGCUCUGGGCUCGUCUCAGGUCUGACCAGGAGAUGGAGGAUGUGUCCUUGGCAAAGCCAAGGGGGACAGAGGUUUCUGGGUGCCAUGGCAGGCUGUCGGGGUCCAGGUGGCACCCAUGGGCCCCCUGCCCCAUGUGAAUGCUGCUGGCACCUGGUGGGGGGUGCCCAGGGAUAGACCCUGGGCAUGGAUGGCUUCUGGGCUGCUUAGUCCAGGCGGAACAACUUGUGGUCAAAUCCAUGAGUUCAGAGGAAAAGGGGAAGGCACUGAAAAGUCACCAGAGACAGCUGUUGAGACCGCUCAGAAGCCCUCUGUCUGUCACACUCUGCCCUGGCUGCUGUGUGGUCAGGGCACCAUGAGGGUGUGCAGAUGUGCUGUUCCCUCAAAGCCUCGCAGGUGCCCUCACUGCCUGGGCCCCUGCCCAGCAGCCUCAAGGACGGGCCUUUCUCCCUCAUGGUUGUGGACAGGAGGUCGCACCACUGGCCUGCGAGAGCUUCUGGUGGGCCCGUGGCUUCCCCUAAUUAUCUGUUAAGGAAAACUGUGCUCUUUGAAGAGAAGAGCCAAGAAGUCAGCCCUGACUUUUGUAAAAUUUUAUUAAAUAAAACCGCCUAGAUAA